CGGUUCCCUUGUAGUCGCUAGAGCAGAGUAGUUUUGGAUUUAUUUUGUCCCACUUCAUUGACGGCCGGCAAACGUUAAAGUCAUACGCGCGCUCGAGCAUAAUCUCAAGAGCAAAUUUUGGAUCUGCAGCUGCUACAUGUAUUUCAUUUUGUUGUCUAUUAUCGCAGUCGGUUAUCAACAGUCAAAUAUUAACUGUCUGUCGAUUAAAGGCCAAGAAUAUUAACAGACUUUGCAUUACGUAUGCGUGUUAAUCCAGCUAACUUGAUCGUCGAUUAGAAAGUGAGUGACGAGAAUGGCUACUCUGGGUGCCUGGGACUAUGCCAUUCUGGCCGUGGUACUGCUCAUCUCAAUAUUAAUCGGAGUCUACUAUCGAUUUGCGGACAACAAGCAGAACAACACAACGGAAUAUUUUCUAGCUAAUCGCUCCAUGGGCGUUACGCCGGUGGCAUUCAGUUUAAUGGCCAGCUUCAUGUCGGCCGUUACCAUACUGGGUGUGUCAAUGGAGAUCUAUCAAUAUGGCACCAUGUUUGUCAUCAUCAAUGUGUCCUAUGUUGUGUCGACGCCCAUCGCCGCCUAUCUCAUUCUGCCGGUCUUCUUUCGCCUGAAAACGGCCAGCGUGUACGAGUAUCUGGAGUUGCGAUUUGGCUAUGCCACCCGCCUGAUCGCCUCGGUUGCCUUCUCUACGCAGAUGAUAUUGUACAUGGGCAUUGUUGUGUUUGCGCCGGCACUGGCAUUGGAGGCUGUCACUGGUGUGAGCCAGGUCUUUUCGGUGAUAAUUGUUGGCGUUGUCUGUACGAUCUAUGCAACAAUGGGUGGCAUGAAGGCGGUUAUGAUGACGGACAUUUACCAAUCGAUUCUCAUGUUUGUAGCCGUAUUCAGUGUUAUCAUCUGUACGGGCAUCAAGGCAGGCAGCUUUGAUGUUGUUUGGCAGGCGGCGCUGGAUAAUGGACGCAUCGAUUUCAGCAACUUUAGCAUAGAUCCAACGACACGGCACACAUGGUUCACCCAGGUGCUGGGCGGUAGCGCCACCUAUUUGGCCAUCUACGGUGUGAAUCAAGCUCAAGUGCAACGUUUGCUUGCCGUACGCAAUCUGCGAUCGGCACGUGCCGCUCUCUGGUGGUGUCUGCCCAUAUUGUGUCUGCUGAGCAUGAGCACGUGCUUUGCGGGCCUUUGCAUCUAUUGGUAUUAUCGUGACUGUGAUCCAUUGCUGGAGGGACGCGUCAAUUCACGGGAUCAGAUUAUGCCGCUGUUUGUGGUGGACACCAUGGGUCAAUAUACGGGCCUGGCUGGCCUCUUCGUAUCGGGGAUCUUUUGCGCCAGCCUGUCCACCAUCAGCACCGCCAUCAGUUCGCUGGCUGCUGUCACUUUGGAGGAUUAUGUGAAGCCGAUUGUGAUCUACUCAUCUGGUCGCACGCUGGAUGAUCGCCGGACAAUGUGGUACUCCAAGCUGCUAUCCAUUUUCUUUGGUGCCCUCUGCAUUGGCAUGGCUUUCUUGGCUGGCACCAUUGGCGGACUGCUGCAGGCGGCUUUAUCGAUCUUUGGCAUCGUUGGCGGUCCAUUGUUGGGCCUGUUCACGCUGGGCAUGUAUGUGACGAAGGCAAACCAAAAGGGCGCCAUUGCUGGUGUACUCAUCUCGCUAGCCGUCUCCUUUUGGAUCGGUUUCGGUCAACCGAAGCCGCCAAUACCAAGUCUGGACAUGUCCACUGCUGGUUGCCCCAAUGAUCGCAGCUACCUUCGAGAUAUACUGCUUCGAGCAGACGCACAGUUCACAACGCCGCGCGCCUCUUACAUGCGAGAGACGGAGCCGGAGACGGAUUACUUUUAUAUGUAUCGCAUUAGCUACAUGUGGUAUGCAGCACUUGGCUUUCUCAUUGCCUUCGUCGGCGGCUGGCUGCUCUCCUGGUGCUUUGCGGCUCUCAAAUGGGAUAACAAUAGUCGAAUCUAUCAGGACGCCGAAUGUACGCUAAUCAAGCAUGAUCUCUUUGUGCCGCCCAUCGCCAAGCGAUUGCAGCGCCGCCAAAUGCCCAUCGUUGUCGUUACCACCACUAGCACCAGCGGCAGCGGCAGCGACAGAAGUCGCAGUAACAGCAACAGUGCAGAUUUUGAGCCAACUGCGCCGAAUCUCGCUGGGCAGGACACUGUGGUAGCGUCGGCAAAGCAUCGAUCGACUUGAUUAAACUCUUAGUUAUUAAUAUAUACCCUGGGUAUCAUUAGUAUGCUAACAUCUAUAUGACAGGCUGAUAAAGACAUUUCCGACCACAUAUUGAGAUAUUCCUGAUUAAUACAAAUGCCUCUCUGUAUUCUGUAUUCUCUUUUUUCUUUGAGCGACCCUAUAUUUGUUUUCCUUUACAUCGAUAAAUAUCGAUUAGUAAAAUAAUUGUAAAAUUCCAGCUCGUUGAAUAUUGAGAUGUUAAAAACAAGCGAACUUAAUUAGAAUGCAGGCACUCGGAAAGCAAGCACA